ACAGUGUCAGUGUGUCACUAUAUAAUGUACAACAGUCCAUUUGGUGUGGUGACCUACUUCCCUCUUAGGCCAUGUGAAAGACCAAAGCACAACAUCUGAAAAGAGAAGUAUCAUCAUUAGUGACAUUUAUUUACAACACUUAGAGCAAGUUUGCUCAGAGGUUAGGAUAACACACCAGCGGAGAUAAAACAUUUCUUGACAUAUUGUGUAUGGCAGCCCUGAUUGCUCAAUGAAAGAGAAUCAAAUGGAUAAAUCAAUCUGCAAACCAUCAAGUGGAAAACCUACCAUUCCACAGAAACCUAAACUUCCACCAAAACCAAACCUUAAUACUUUACACCAGUCAAGCCUCUUUGGUUCAUCAAGCAAAGUGGCUCAGGCUUUGCUUAACUUUGAACCAGAAAAAGGCACGCAAACAGCAAUAAACGUCAACAGUAAAGAAAGAAGAUACUCUGAAGAUAUGAGCCAAAAUAGACAGGCUUUGGUGGUUGAAGCCAGAUGUCCAACCAGGAUAGAAAACCAGGAUAUAUCUUCAUUCUCAACACCUAAUAAAAGUGGAUGUAGAGAAUGGGAUAAAAAAAAGAUCCUGGAAAAAAAUUGUCAGCUGGCAGUAGAUGAUGUGGAUGUGCAUCGAUCAGCUCCUGAUGGCAGUGAAAUGAAUAACUCUGUGAGUGGCACCAUAGAAAAUCAUCAGGGCUACACUGUACCACCAAAAACCUCAGAGGAGAAACACUGUCAUUGCAUCUGCCACCUUCAAAGGCCUGGUAUGAAACUGGUCUGGGUACCUCUACAGGAUACUGUAAUUGAAUCAAGGGAAAUCAAGAGAGAUCAGUUUCUAAAAAAGGAGGAUGUUUUAACCAGCAAUGAAGUCAGUAGGCCACAGAAUAGUCCAUCUCGCCAUUCAAAACCCCAAGUAUUGCCUCCGUGUGUAAAUUGCCAAAGCUUUCUGCUUCACCACAGCCCUCAAAAAUUAGCAGGAAAAGGGUUUGUAUACGCUGAUGAGUCAUUUCAAAACCACUCAAACCCCCCUGUACCGCCAAGGACUUAUCAGUCCUCUGAUUAUCAAAAUAGCCAACAAUACACACAGCUUGACCACACCGAUGAUCAUAUAUACUUGGAUCUUUUGCCAUCAAAUGUUGCUGCUCCAGCUGUCCCCCCUCGUCCUCCCCCAAGACUUCCUCAUCACCCUCCACUUAAGCAAAAGACAGAGAGGCGGACUUCUCAGCCAGCAUUGGCCUGUGUGGUUUCUCUUCGAGGGGGCGGUCUACCUAUUAGAAACACCAGCAACUGUGAGCGUGGAAGAAUGUCUCGCCCUAUGCCUGUGCUAAACCCAUCAGGUGAGAGCUAUGAAAAUGGGAAUAUCAAAGACUGGGAGUCUAUUGACAAGAAAGAGCUGUUUGACAAAACAGAAAGCCCACGGAGGAUCUCCAGUGAUUGGGAGCCAAACAGUGACUAUGAACCUCUGUAUCAGAUCUACCAGGCUAAAGUCUCGAAAGAAGCCAGUCAGAUCCAGACUGAUAGCCCUGAUUGCAACAGGAAAAGUGUUAGUGAAACUCUGGGUCUUGAGGGUCACGGAGGGCUGGGGGUGGUUGACCCCCGAUCCAAAAGAGGCCCCGAAGAGAUUACUCUCUGGCAAGACUUACCGGUGGUGAAGGAAAGUGGAAUUUUAUACAAACUUGCUCGCACUGAAAUACAGAGACAAGAGAGCAUGUUUGAGGUGCUCACCUCGGAGGCCUCUUACCUGCGCUCCUUGCGGGUUCUGAAGGAUCACUUCCUGGGGUCACGGGAACUCAAAGAGACUAUGGUCAUUCAUGAUAGGAAGGCCCUCUUCUCCAACCUCCUGCAGGUCUAUGAAGUCAGCGAGAGGUUUAUAGGUGAUCUGCUGAAGCGAGUCGAUGAGAGUGUGGUGAUAUCUGACGUGUGUGACAUCAUUCAUGAGCAUGCAGAAAGCUAUUUCUCAGUCUUCAUUGAUUACGUCAGAAAUCAGCAGUACCAAGAAAAGACCUACAGCAGACUGAUGGAGAGUAACAGGGAUUUUUCAGUUGUGAUGAGGCGGCUGGAGGUAUCUCCACUCUGCAAACGUCUGCCCUUCACAUCCUUUAUGCUUCUGCCUUUCCAGCGAAUCACACGCAUCAAAAUACUUAUACAGAAUAUCCAAAAGCGGACUGCAAAGGGCACUAAAGAGGAGGAAACUGCUUCCAAGGCCCUUGCUUCUGUGUCUGAGCUUAUCACGCAGGCAAACACACAGGUGGGGCAGAUGAAACAAAUGGAGGAGCUCAUCCACAUCUACAACAAAUUGGAGUUUGACAAACUCAAGGCCAUUCCACUUGUUUCUAAAACACGCUGUUUAGAAAAACAGGGGGAACUACAAGAGCUAAGCAAAAGAGGGUCUCUCUUCAGCAUCCGCAACAAAUGUACUCCUGUAUACAUGUUCCUCUUCAAUGACCUUCUCAUUCUCACCACUAAAAAAAGUGGAUGUCCAGACCGAUUUGUGGUGAUCGAUCAUGCUCAUCGAUCUCUGGUUCAGGUGCAGUCUACAGAAAACGUUCUGGGACCACACUUGGAUCAUUGUUUCUCUCUGACCCUCCUGGAAAACCAUCGGGGUCGCACCUGUGAACACCUGCUCAAGGCUAAUACAGAGUCAGACAUGCAUAGGUGGAUAGCUGCUUUCCCUUUGAUUAAAAAGGCACUUGGAGAGGAGAAGAUUUAUGAGGACUGGGAUUGUCCUCAAGUCCAGUGCGUCAGUCAGUAUGUAGGAAAACAGGCAGACGAGCUUAACUUGGAGCCAUCUGAUGUCAUCAAUGUGCUGCGCAAAACCAGUGAAGGUUGGUAUGAAGGCAUGCGUCUCUGUGAUGGAAAGAAGGGCUGGUUUCCAGCAGUGAACGUGCUAGAAGUAACCAGUGAUCACCAGAGACGACGGAACGUGAGACAGCAGUACCAAAUCUCCCAAACAACCAGUGAAAACACUCCUAAUGACUUAUCCUAAAAGUACCAGAGGCAACCGCUACCCAUCCCGAUCCCCAUCACUCCACAAUAGCAUAAUAACUUAUGCCCAAUUUAAAUGGAAAAAAAACUGACUUUUAAAGACAACUUGAAGUGGUGUGACACCUUUCUUAUUGAAAUGGGAAGUUCUGGUUAAUAAGUAACUCCUUUACAAAUGUCAUCUUUAGAAAAUCAAGAGAAAUUUUACAAAUGUCAGAACGGAAGCAUGGAUUGUUCAUCAAGAAGAAACUUUUAUUGGACAGAACUGUUGUUAUGAUGUGACGGGAUGAGCCCCUUUCAUUAUGCUGUUAGGGUCCACCUUCAGCUCCAUAGAAACAGUGCAGGCAAGUUUUUUUUAUUGCUACAUUUGUAAUAAUCCAACACAAACAAACACACAACAAUUAGACAUUUUCAGUUAGCUCCUUUUUCAUGUUUACCCCACUGUUAGCAAAUAAAACACUUGGGAUAAAAUGGAUAAAACCAUAGUCUUGGACUUUACUCUGAGAUGCAUUGCCUUGGAUGCAGCUUAAUGCAAAGGUUUUGAUUAUAAAUAGCAGUAUACGCUUAUCGGCCACUUUACUAGGUACACCUUGCUUGUAGAGAGUUAGACAUCUUUCUUGCUUUCAGUACUGCUUUAAUUCAAGAUUAACAAGGUGCUGGAAACAUUCCUCAGAGAUUCUGGUCAUCACGCAGUUUCUGCAGAUUUGUCAGCUUCUCACCCAUGUGUCAAAUCACAAGUUCCACCAAAGCCCAAAGUUGAUCUAUUAGAUUGAGAUCGGUGACUGGAGGCCAUUUCGAGAAAUGAACUCAUUGUCAUGUUCAAGAAACCAGUUUGAGAUCACUUGAGCUUUGCCAUCAGAUGAUGGGUAUACUGUGGUCAAAGUUGCUAACCAUGUCCAUCACAAAACUCAAGUAGGCUGUAGCAUUUAAAGGUGCCCUAGAAUGAGACAUUAAAUUUAUCUUGGCAUAGUUAAACAACAAGAGUUCAGUACAUGGACAUACAAAAUCAUCGGAAGUUCUGCAGGUGAACAAACAAGUGAGGAUCAUAGGGAAAAUGGCAGAUCAUGGAAACAAUGUUAUGUUCCAGGCUGUUCAGGGGAUGGGAGAAGUUUUCAUACCCUUCCCACAGAAAAGAAUGUCAACAGGCGUGGUUGAGGUUUAUCUAGAAUCAGAUAACGUUAGCCUAACAAAGUUGUUAGUUUGCUCUGCCAUUUCACCACAGACUUAUUUUCUAACCUGGGACAAUAUCAAGCAGGCUUCUCUCAGUGUCGCAUACUGAAGAAGGGGGCAAUUCCAACUACAUUCCCUUAAGCGUUAAGUAGUGAUUUUAUUAAUAAUUUACACUGUGUUAUCUAUCCAGCGUACAGUAACAUGAGUGUUACGGUCCAUCCUAGCACAGCAACAAAUGGAAAACUCCAAGUAACGAGCACACAUAACUAAAGAGUAUAACUAAAAGUAUUUACGCUGAGGUUAGUAUUUCUUGCCUGUGUUGUCAAAUCUACAAAAUAAUACUGUAGAUGCCCAUGUAAAUUCCCUUUUGUCAAAUUUACUUUCAUCAACAACAAGUCAGGGACCAACUACGUUAGUUUAGUUGCUCACAGACAAUGUUAGCUCACUUCAUCCUAGGGCUGGACGAUUUUAGCUAAAAUCAUGAUCGCGAUUAAUCGAACAAGUUACCUCGAUUACGAUUAUUGAACGAUUAUUUAAAAAAAAAAAAAUCUCAUGUCACUGGCAAGGCUUAUACUGUAAAAAUGUUUUUUUUUCUAAUGAAAGAGUGCAUAAUUCUAUGUGGUUCUAAAAUAUGGAAACACAGAUAGCUUUUAAUGCUUUUUAAUAUUUCAAAAUAUUAAAAAAAGUAGAAAAUGCUUCUUUUUGUAAACAAAAUAAAUUAUUGUAAAUAUUGCCAUCGUAAAAGCAAAAUAUAACUUUUAUAAAACUAAAAAACAAAUCCUUUUCAUAUUGUGUAGCGUUUGUAAAUGCUCGUGUUAUCGAAAGCUGCUUUGUGGAGUGGAGGCAAUUGUUGCUGGGCGUUUGUCUUUGUCUCUCUCUUUUUUCCACGUGUUUCUUUGGUACAAGCAGCUCCUGUUGCUGAUUUGACUCAGUAUUUAAGGAAUCAGAGAAUGCAAUCACACACAACCCUCAAAAACGUCACGUAUCUCAGCGGCGUCUAUAGUUUGCUUAUGAGCUGCGAUUUCUUUCUCAAGAAACCACUUAUGCAUUUUGUCUCCGAUUCGAUCAUAAACUAGUACUGUUUCACGCUGGCGAACGAUCCCGGCUUAAGCGCCAUCAUUACAACAACUGGCACCAAUCCCGGGUCGUGAUUGUGUUCACACAGAAGGUGUUUGUUCUGGCAAUUUACCGGGAUCAACACACUGUGUGAAAGGGGCUCAUGUUGCUUCAAUGUCGCAGACUGGAAGGGGCGGAGUUAUGUUUUAAGAGGAAAGUACAUUAACACACAGUGGGCGGAAAUAUAAAUAGGAUUCAAAAAGCGAAAUGGUAAAAUGACAUCGGUUAUAGGCUCUGAAUUUCGGUUUCGAUUAUUUUUCGAUUAAUCGUCCAGCCCUACUUCAUCCUACUAGUUAACAUCACAUUCUCCACCGCAUAAGUUGAAGCUAUAUUUAUUUGACAAGGCAUCUAACAUUAGUACAUUUGUUUCACUGAGCCCGCUGUGAAACAUCCAAUCAGAACAGAACUCAUUACCAUUCAUGACCCUUCCAAAUUAAGGUAAAAACAGACCAUUUCAUUCUAGUUGAAAAUGGACCUGCAAAACCAUAUCUGGACAUUUUAAAAGCCACUGCAUAUAAAGCCACAUACCCUCUAUGUAGAUAUCAGAGAGAAAAUUCAAAUACGUCAACGCAUUCAAGCGGCACCUUUAAAUGCUCAAAGUGUGCCAAUGCUCAAAGUGUGCCAAAAAAAAUAAAAUAUCCCCCACACCAUUAUAACACCAGCAGCAGCCUGAACCAUUGAUACAAGGCAGGAUGGAUCCAUGCUUUCAUGUUUAUGCGGACUAUCAUCUGAAUGUCACAGCAGAAAUCAAGACUCAUUUGACCAAGCAACAAUUUCCCAUACUGUUCAAUUUCGGUGAGCUUGUGCAAAUUAUAGCCUCAGUUUUCUGUUCCUAGUAGACAGGAGUGGCACAAUUUCGCCCACAGAACUCCCACUCACUGGAUUUUCUCUUUUUUUGGAUCAUUUUCUGUAAACCCUAAAGGUAAUUGUGUGUGAUCCCAGUAGAUCAGCAGUUUCUGAAAUACCAACCACCAUGUCAUGUUCUUUCCCAUUCUGAUGCUCAGUUUAAACUUCAAAAGAUUAUCUUGACCAUGUCUACAUGCCUAAAUAUAUUUGGUUGACACCAUUGAUUGGCUAAUUAGAUAUUUGCACUAACAAACAGUUGAAAAGGUAUACCUAAUAAAGUGGCCGGUGAGUGUAGAAAUGCCCUAUUCACAGGUCAAACAAUUCAAUGUUUACUACUCUGUAAUUCUUUAAAAUAAUCAAUACAUCAAUAUUUACUACCAUGUAAUUAUAUUUACCCAAAUACACAUGAUUAAAUAAACAUGAUUACCUUUAUGGGUGUCAUCCUCCAA